UUUUUUUAGCGGUUUGUUGUAAAACACAUCGGCCAUCGGCCGCUUCUGUGCUACGUUUGCCCUCCGACUGGGGCUUGCAACCAACAUGCGCGAUGUGCAGGUUGCUGUACAUUUGUCGAGGUCGCGGUUGCAACUCCGACGUAGGUGUCCCUUCUCUUGCGCCACCGAAAACGUGGCAGACAUCUAAGGUGCCGCAAUGUCGAUCAGUUGUCUGCUUUAAAACUGUUUCGUUAUCAUCUGGUGCGUCAACGUCGCCGCACAGAAAUCACUUUCUACGAUGAGCGGCGUCCUGACGUCUAACGAACGAAUCAUGCGCUCGAGCGACGUUGAAACUGGCCUGAUAAACUUGGCGGGCGCACCGCCGUCUUGGGCUGGGAGCUUUACAUGGAGGAUGGGUCAGAGGAAAAGUCUCUGGAGGUUAUGGAAGCAGCUGUCAAGACUCCAACGAUCACUGCUGCUGGUGCUCGCUGUGGCUGCGCUGCUACUUGUGGCAUCACGCAUGGGCCAGGCUCCUGUGCCAGCAGCUCCUGUUGCAGAGACAGGCCGGCCCCCUGAGGAGGCAACACCUCGGCAGAGCUUACCCUCGUCCUCUCAGCCUCCGGAAGACAUAAAGGUCACCCUUGGGCCCAGCUUCCUUGGGGCAACACCAGAAACAGCCUCCUCACGGCUCUUCCAGCAGAGCGUGGGUCUACGUGAGCGCCGGGAGGCUGUGGUGGAUGCAUUUCGCCAUGCGUGGAAAGGCUAUAAAGCGUAUGCCUGGGGCCAGGACCACCUGCGACCUCUUUCCCGCACAGGGCACACCUGGUUUGGCCUGGGUCUCACCAUUAUUGAUGGCAUGGACACCAUGUACCUCAUGGGCCUUCAUGAAGAGUUGGCGGCUGCUCAGGAGUGGGUGGCACACAGUCUGCAACUGGCACAACACAGAGAUGUGAAUGUGUUUGAGACUACUAUUCGUGUCCUGGGUGGCCUGCUGAGUAUGCAUACCCUUACUGAGGAGCAGCUGUACCUUGACAAAGCGCUGGAGCUUGGGCGCCGCCUGCUACCUGGGUUCCGGUCAGCAUCAGGGGUGCCUUACUCUGACGUGAACCUUGCCUCCGGAGUGGCACAUGCCCCUGUCUGGGCUCCAGACAGCAGUGUCUCGGAGGUGGCCACACUGCAGCUCGAGUUUCGUACUCUGAGUCGUGCCUCAGGGGACCCACAGUUUGAAAAGAAGGCCUUUGCCGUGUCAGAGCUGUUGCACCAGUUGCCCAAAAAGGAAGGCCUAGUGCCCAUGUUCAUCAAUGCGGAGACUGGCCGCUUCAAUGCUGAUUCUACAUUGACCUUGGGGGCUCGAGCUGACAGCUACUAUGAGUACCUCCUGAAGCAGUGGCUCCAGACAGGAAAGACCAUUGACUGGCUAAAAGACGACUACCUGGCUGCUGUGGAAGGUGUGCAGAAGCAUUUGGUUAGGCGUUCAGAGCCCAACAAAUUGCUUUUUAUUGGAGAACUUGUGCGUGGUCGGACCUUCUACCCCAAAAUGGACCACUUGGUGUGCUAUUUUCCUGGGACAUUGAUGCUGGGCCACGUUGUUGGAGGAAUGCCACAAGGCCACAUGGAACUAGCUUUAGACCUUAUGGACACUUGUAUACGCAUGUAUUCAAUCAACCCAACAUUCUUGUCACCUGAGAUUGCCCACUUCAACCUGAAACCACAGGGAACUCGUGAUAUCUUGAUAAAGGGCAAUGAUGCACACAAUCUUCUUCGGCCAGAGACUUUGGAAAGCCUCUGGUACAUGUACUACUUUACACGCAACGAGACUUACCGGGAUUUGGCUUGGCGUAUUUUCCAGGGGUUUGAGAAGCACUGCAAGGUGCCUGGUGGUGGGUACACAACUAUCGGGAGUGUGCUGAACACGAAGCAAACUGGCCCACGAGAUAUGAUGGAAAGUUUCUUCCUGGCAGAAACGCUGAAAUACCUCUUCUUGCUUUUUAGUGAAGAGGACGUUCUGGAGCGGUAUUCUCCGACCAGAUACCUGUUCAAUACCGAAGCCCAUCUGUUGCCCUUGUACACAUCCUGACACCACACUUCCACUAUAAUUAGCAUUCACCAUCUUGGCGCUCGUUAACUUGAAGAAGUCCUCCAUCGUCAGUGUCACUGUUGGUUUCUGCUACUGCAUAGGUUGUUGGCUAUUGGCUCACAACUUGCAGUGCAGAGUACCCCAUGGUUUAGUCUGUGUUUACACAGGCCAUGUCACUCCAUGCACAACUGCCUUGACAAAAUUUUAUUUGAGUAAAAAUUAUGUGAUCCUUUGUUCUUGCAAUCAUGAA